GGGAGGGAGAACCUGAACCAUGAUGUAAACAGAAAAUCCACCACUGUCAGCUGCAGCAUGGGUCACAUCCUGCUCAGCGCCACUGCUGGCAGUCUCGAUCUGCGCGAGCCAGCAGCAGGCUGCUGUCUGCCGCCCAGGAUGAUUGACCUGGAGUUCAGGUACACGCAGGCUCUGGCCCAGGACUACCUGCUCCACGUCCUGCAGGUGCCUCAGUGCGAGACCAGCCCCAGCAAGGCAUCCAAGGUGCUGCAGGACAUGGCCCUUUCCGUCCAGGAAGAGGUGGAGAGGCGGCUGAAACCGUGGCUGGACAGAAUUGACGUGGAGUCCAUCGACACUGCGAAGUCGAUAUUCAACCAAGUGAUGGAGAAGGAGUUCGAGGAUGGCAUCAUUAACUGGGGACGGAUUGUGACUAUCUUUGCUUUUGGGGGGGUCAUCCUCAAGAAACUCCCACGAGAGCCAAUCGCCCCAGAUGUGGACACUUACAAGGAGAUUUCCUACUUCGUGGCUGAGUUCAUAAUGAGCCGCAUGGGAGGCUGGAUACGGCAGAACGGAGGCUGGGACAACGGCUUCGUGCGGAAGUUUGAGCCCAAAUCUGGCUGGCUGACUUUUGUGGGAGUUAUGGGACAGCUCUGUGAGAUGCUCUCUCUCCUGAAGCAAUUCUACUGACCAGAAAGGACACGGACUGCUGAGAGACUGUUGCCCUCGGGUUCUGUCUACCCCCAAAACCAAGCCAAGCCAAGCCAAAUGAGGCAAAGCCCUGACAUUCCAGAGUUACAGACUUUUGUCCCUAUUUUAAUGAAUAAAUUGUCUCUGUAUGUAA